AUGGAGAAUAACGCCUCUAACGCACAAGAGUUUUGCAUUAAUGGCUGCGGAUUUUAUGGGAAUCGUAUCUAUAACUAUAUGUGCUCAAAGUGCUUUAAAGAGUCAAACGGAAAGAAUAUGCAAAAAGCCGAGAACGUAGUCGAACCGACUAUAUCUGAGACAUCAACAAAUGAACCAUCUGAUUCCAUAAAUACGACUGAUACCCAGGCAGUUUCAGGAAAAGCGGUCGAGACAGAAAGGACAGUAUUAUUUCGUCCACCUGGGAGUGUUUCGGCCGCACAGCCCAUAGUUCAAGAUUCGCCACCUCCCCGACCAGUUCAAACCAAUAAAGCUCGUUGUUUCUUGUGCCGAGCGAAAAUUCCACUUGCCAAACAGACUGUCAAUAAAUGCCGUUGUGAGUAUAUUUAUUGCGACUUACAUAAAGUUCCCGAUAAGCACGACUGCGAUUUUGACUUCGCUAAAAUGGGAAAGGAUAUUCUGGCCAAGAAUAACCCCAAGUUGAAUGAUGUUCACAAAGGAGGGCGCUCAUUUAAUAGAAUCGAUUAA